ACGAACAUGGAAUCAAGUUCCCUUAGGUUGCCGGUUAUAGUGAAGGAAGCUGUCUUGUUUGAACCAGAAAGAAGCCAAGGACUCAACCAAAGACCGGUAUUUGAACAUAUUAUGUACUUUGCUCAACGCAUUUGCUAAGCCGAAUUUGAAAAGAUUAUUGGGAUUUAAUCAAGUUGUCUGAAAUUCAUAGAUGCUGGAAAUUUUCAGUUUAUGGAGAGGGUCAACAUUCAACAAGGUUGUCAUUUCUUGAGAAGCUGAUGUUAGAACUUGCUUGCCAUUUCGACAACUGAUCUCAUGUCUGGUCUAAGUACUUUCUGCAAAUUAAUGGAUUAGAUUACAAAACUGAGAAGAAAAUCUGGUAAUUCAGUAUUAGUUUGGUAUAAUUAUAGUUUUCCUUGCCCCUAAUUGGCAUGGAAAUUGCCACUGUUGAGAACAUCCACCUCCCUGCAGUCGGAUUCCGCAACUGUUACAAGGUUGCAAGCCUUACGAAGACAAUUUUAGACACGAUACAAAUAUCGAACCUAAGAGACCGGUAUGUCCUCGGAGGACAAUUAGGAUGGGGACAAUUUGGCGUGAUUAGAGUCUGCUCUGAUAAAUUAACCGGAGAGGUUUUGGCUUGUAAAUCCAUUGCUAAAGAUAGGUUGGUCACACUAGACGAUUUCUGCAGCAUCAAGCUUGAGAUUGAGAUAAUGACUAAGUUAUCAGGGCACCCGAAUGUUGUGGACUUGAAAGCAGUUUAUGAAGAUGAGGACUUCGUGCACUUGGUCAUGGAGUUAUGUGCAGGAGGGGAACUUUUCCAUCGGCUCGAGAAAUACGGAAGGUUUUCAGAGUCCGAGGCUCGUGUUCUUUUCAAGCACUUGAUGCAAGUAGUCAAGUACUGUCACAACAAUGGCAUCGUUCAUAGGGAUCUGAAACCGGAAAACAUUCUCUUAGCAACUAAAUCCUCGUCCUCUCCGAUUAAACUUGCAGAUUUCGGCCUUGCAACUUAUAUAAAACAGGGGGAGAAUUUGCAUGGAACUGUAGGGAGCCCAUUUUAUAUAGCACCAGAGGUUUUAACAGGGGGAUAUGAUGAAGCAGCUGAUGUGUGGAGUGCUGGGGUUAUAUUGUAUAUUCUUUUAAGUGGAAUGCCUCCUUUUGGGGGAAAGACUAAAUCAAAGAUAUUUGAUGCUGUUAGGGCGGCUGAGCUAAGGUUCCCCAUUGAUCCCUGGGAUCACAUCUCUUUAUCUGCCAGGGAUUUGGUCACUGGUAUGCUUUGUGUUGAUCCUUCUAAGAGGCUCACUUCUGCACAGGUUCUAGAGCAUCCAUGGGUUGAGGAUUGCAGACAAGUGGGUCAAGAAGCAGACCAGCAAAACAACCCUGCUUGCAGAGACCUUGAAGUGGGAGGAAGUUCUUUCUCUACACUGUUCAUCAAAAGAAAUCAAGAUUAUAGCUUUAGCGAUGGAUCACUUGUAUCUUUUAAUGGCCAACCGGGGACCCCUGCAUUCACCUGCAAAUCAUCGUUAUCUUCUUUCUUAGUUGAAAAUGGCAGUCCUUGUUCCGAAUCUGAAGGAUUUUCAUUUACAAGCUGUUGUGAAUCAACUGCAGCAGAGUUCUCAUCUGCAAUUCCGUCAAUGCCAAGUUUUACUUUCUUCAGUCCAAUAUCUGCUGUUGAACCACUAAAUGUUUCGGUGGCAAAUAAAGCCGAGACAUUGGAGAUGAGUGCCGAAUCCAGAGAAUCAAACUUAGUAAAGCUGUCUAUGUUGCCGGAUUCUUUGGUUCCAGUAUCUGUUAGGGGAGGACCUAACGGGUCCCGGCUUGGCAUUCAUAGUAAACGGAACCACACAAUCAGUCUCGGUGAGAUCAAUCACUUCGAUCUCGUGGUGAACGAGUCGGUAAUCCGUUGGGCAUCCUGUACCCAUAUUCCUACAGCCCCAUCACUUAGAUUAUCACUAGUCUGCUAGAAAGUGUUCAUACCAAGAUUGACCAUAUUGCUGGGCCUAAUGGAGUAAAUAGAACGAGAAAAUAGAGAAAAAGAAUUGCAGAUACUGACAUUCGAAUUCUCUGAGAUAGGUACAAGAGAAAUCCGAGUUUAGAAGAAUUUUGUUUGCUUAAGCCUGUUGUGUUGAGUGAUGAUUCUUUUUUUAAUUUGUAAGUGAUUUUCAUAUGUACAGUCACGUUGUAAUAUUAUCCUACUUAAUCAUCUCUAACAAGGUGCACUGUAACAUUGAGAGAAACAAUUUUGAUCCCUUGAUUGUUCGUAAAAUUGUAAAUUUCCAAUGAAAAUACUUGUAUGAUUAACGACCGCCCUUACAGCA